AUGGCUGCAUUGUUAUUAGAAGGUGGUCGAACAGCUCAUUCUCGAUUUUCAAUACCGAUACAGGUACACGAGACUUCCACUUGCACCUUUUCUGCUGAUAGCGAUAUUGCUGCUUUGAUUGAAGAAGCUAAGUUGAUCAUCUGGGAUGAGACACCAAUGAUGCAUAAACAUUGUUUUGAAGCUUUAGAUCAAUCUUUAAGAGAUAUUCUGAACCCUGGAAAACCUUUUGGAGGUAAAGCUGUUGUCUUUGGAGGUGAUUUUCAUCAGAUUUUACCAGUGGUACCUAAGGGCAGUCGAGAACAGAUUGUUCAAGCUUCAUUAUCUUCUUCGUCUUUGUGGAACUCUUGCCAAAUACUAAAACUUGGAGCGGUGAUUGAUAUACCUGAAGAUAUGCUUCUGAAAGACUCUUUGGAUCCAAUUAAUUCUAUCGCACUUAGCACAUAUCCGUCUUUGCUUCACAAUCUUGAUGAUGGAGAUUAUUUCAAGGAACAUGCGAUACUAUGUCCUACAAAUGAUGUUGUUGAUGAGGUAAACAAUUACAUGAUGGAUCUUCUUCCAGGGGAAUCACAUCAAUAUUAUAGUUCAGAUAAGAUCUGCAGUUCAGAUACUUCCAGCAAGAGAGAUGAUGGUCUCUCAACAGAAUACCUUAAUUCAAUUAAGUGUUCUGGAUUGCCAAACCAUCUUAUGAAAUUGAAGAAGGGCGUUCCUGUUAUGUUGCUACGAAACAUCGACCAGCAAUACGGGUUAUGUAAUGGAACCAGGCUGCAAAUAACUCAACUUGGAAAACAUGUCAUUGAAGGAAAAGUUCUCACUGGAAAUAACAUCGGCAACAAAGUCUAUCUUCCAAGAAUGCUCUUAAUGCCUACAGAUUCUAGAUUGCCUUUCCGGCUUCAGCGAAGACAGUUCCCAAUAGCUCCUUGCUUUCUGAUGACAAUUAAUAAGAUGUCAAGAGUCAAGAGUAGAAAGGGCUUGAAGAUUCUUAUCGUUGAUGAAAAUGGUGAAAGGAUAAACACAACAUAUGAGGUGCAGAUGAGUGCUUUAAAGCUUGAGUUGCAGUUCUCCCUUUCUAAAAUCUCAAUUCCAACUAUCAAGAACCCUUAUGUUGUUUAG